AUGAUUCUUUCGAAGUCUCGAUCAUCUACUGUAAAUGUAGAGAAGUUUGUAAAGCAUAUAAAAACAAGAGCUUCUGUGGGAAAAUUGUUAUGGCAAUACCAAGGAAAUGAGAUCCAAAAGUCUAAAGAGGGAAUUGGUCGGUCCAAAAUACAAAAAAUUUAUGAGCCAACAAGGAACAAGGGCUUAAUUCGUAUACUGAAGAAGAAUUGGAUUACAGUAUAUCUUAUUGACGAAUUCAAAGCAUCUUCAAAAUUUCCAAAUUGUGAGGAGGAUUUAGAAACGUUUGAGACGAUAAUCAAUCCUUGCCCUUACAAUAGAGCUACUUUCUGGCUUAUUAGGUGUAAAAACUCCAAAUGUCUUGCUAAAGAAUCUAAAAGAAAAUCAUGGAACAGGGAUCUAGCUGCAGUAUUAAACUUUCGAAAGAUAUUGAUCAACUUAAGGAACACAACCAAACACCCAGAUAUUUUUUUCCAAAAAACCAGAAUAUAA